GUUAGGAUUUUCCGUUCUCAGUUCUCUUUUUCAUACUUCACUUCCAAGUCAAAAUGGUGGUGACUUGUGAUGAAUAGAUAAAGUUUCAGGGUGUUGUAGCCGUUUAUAUCGUAAAUCUAAUAUGAAAUAAGUGCCCAUAUGUUUAUAUUACUCAAGAUAGAUCAAACCAUUGGAGAAACAUACCAAGACCUUAUAAUUGAUAAACCAGUUGUUGUUACCAGACGCAAAUAAUUUUUUCUGUUUUUUAUUCACGCUAGACUUUGUUGGUAAACAUGUCGACCUUAUUAUGUAAAAAUUCUGUUUUAAGAAUCUAUCAAGAAGUUAUGGAAGAUGUAAUUUCGGGUGUAAGAGAAGUUUUCCUGGAAGAUGGAGUGGAUGAACAAGUAUUGCAAGAACUAAAACAGACUUGGGAAACAAAGUUGAUGAGCACAAAAGCCGUGCAAGAAGAACAGGUUGAAAAGAAAAAAGUGGAACAUAAUGGCUUUCCAAAAGUCGUUAACAACCCUGUUCAGCAAACUGUUAGCUCUCAACCGUCUCAGCAGCCACAUCCCCAGCAGUUGCUGCAGCAGCACAUCCAACACGACAAACUGGUAUAUGUUCCAAUUCAAAUCACCUUACCUCCGCAGCCCGGAUCCGAUGGACUUCAGCGAAUCCUUACAAUCCAGGUGCCUGCAUCUGCCCUACAAGGCAAUCAGUUGCAGAAAGUACUCACAGGCCCUGUGAUAACUGCAACUAUGGGGUUACCCUCAAAUAUUGCAUCUUCACUUCUGCAGCAACACGUAAAUGCUGCUUUCAAUAGCCAUCAGCAAGCUACGGUAACCACAAUUGUAAAUAAAAAUGUCAUUCAGACAGACGGAGCUGCAGAUCAAGACGAUCUUGAUUUUACAAGUGCAUGCAGUUCAAAAGGAAACUGUGAAGAACCAUCAGAUAGGAAACAGACUGAUGAAGCGGGAUGCCUCGUUAGAGAUGAGGAGGGCUUAUGUAUAGAAGUAAUUUUUCCCAAAAUUAGAAGAAGAAAAGCCAAAAAAUAUACAUCUUUGAAUCAGGCAGAUGGUCCUAAUGACACAUCUGAUGAUGACGAAGAUGGUUCAGAUGAUGAGAAUGAUGAUGAUGAUCUGGAUGACGACAGAGAUGAAGAUGAUCAAGAAAUGGAAGAUGAAGGCGGCGAGGAAGAACCUCUAAAUUCAGAGGACGAUGUCACUGACGAUGAUCCCACUGAUCUAUUUGACACCGACAACAUUGUUGUGUGCCAAUAUGAUAAAAUCAUAAGAAAUCGCAACCGAUGGAAAUUUUACUUGAAGGACGGGAUUAUGAAUUUGAAGGGUGCCGAUUACGUCUUCCAAAAAGCAACCGGAGACGCAGAAUGGUGAAAUUAUUUAUAUUGUAAAGACUGUUUGGUUUUUAUUGAAAAAGUGUACCUGUUUCAAUAUUCAGUGAUAUGUUUAUCAAGCGUUUGUUUUUGUGCUUUAGUAUACGGUGAGUCUCAAGAAAGUUUUCUACAGAUGGAAAGCUUUUAAUUAUUGCUUUGUCAGUAUUUUUUUUCUGAUGAUAAAUUCGUCGUCAUGUGAAAUCUGAAGAGGAGCCUAUGAUGGUACAGGAAGAAUGAAAAAUUUCAAAUAUGGUGGUGAUUUUCGAAGACGGGGAAAAAAUUUAAUUUCAAAUAGAUGUUUGAAAUGUGUAUAUUUCUACAAUAAUUAUGGGCUAUCCCUUAAGGACUAGAAAAAUAUUUUUGGCAAAGGAAACUAUGAUAUAUUGAAGAAAUAAAUUUUAUUCAAAAAAACUAUGGUGAAGUCCUCAUUUCAAAUCACAGAUUUCAAAAUAUUUGUCUGUCUCUGUAUGAUGAGAUACAUUUUGAUUUCAAGAGUAAUAACUGAAAUGAUAAUGAUGUUUUUCGUUUGUAGACAUCAGUUUGAGGCUCACCGUAUAUACAUAGACAUGAACCUGCUGGCAGGCGGCAAAUUUUGAAUAUGUCUUUUGCCAGUCGAACCCAGAAAAUAUCAAACCUGUUCUACCAGAUGUAGAUGUCUCAUGUUUUCAUAUUUUGACAGAGUUGGAA